AUGGGAAUACGGGUAGAUGACGAGUUGGAGGAUCAUUUAUGGAAUGAUUUCGAGAGUUGUGCACAAUCGGUAACCUUACUCUAUCGAAACCCAACUUGGAAGACACUUCAAAAGGCAGCAGCUUCAACAACACAACUCUACAAAAGUGGUCUUGAACGGCAGAAAAAGGCUUUCGAUAAAGGAUAUAUGGCUGGUAGACAGUCGAUCGCGAAAGAAAUGCUUGGCUUGCGGAAAUAUCGCGAAUUACCUGUCGAAGAGAUUUGGAAACUGCUAUCGAAACCACUUUGUCCAAUCGAUCAUAGUCGGUCCUCGCCAGAUCCAUCACCUGAACCUAGUGACAAUCAAGCGGUUGAUGUUUUUCAACAGGCUCUCUGUGUACCUUCAAAUGGAGUAGUGCCACAGCAAAGUGUGAAUGAAUUGAAUUCGUUUUUAUGCGGUCAAUUAAAUCGACACCGUAAGCGUGUACAUUCUUCACCUUCAAUUACUUCUCGGCGUUUGGCAACAUCGUGGUUUUUCCUGUUAUUAGCUAAGAGGUAUAAUCAGCAACUCACCCGUAAUGCUGCUUUAUUUCAUCGUCAUUCAAGGCGUAAAAAGAAUGCACGUGCUGGACAUGAACGCUCUCAGAUGGCCAAGAAGUUACGUGGACACAAGGCUAAACUCUACCAUAAGAAGCGUUAUUCUGAAAAAGUCGAAAUGCGUAAAUUGCUACGCCAACAUGAAGAGAAGCAGCAGAGUACGUCGACAGAAAGGCCUGAUGAAGGAGCGGUACCAACUUACCUACUCGAUCGACACCAACAAGCGUCUGGUACGAUUCUAUCGAAUAUGAUCAAAGAGAAACGGAAACAGAAAGCUGGCAAAUAUCAAGUACCGCUACCAGCAGUAAGGGCGGUUAGUGAUGCCGAAGCGUUUAAAGUGGUGAAAACGGGGAAAACGCGACGAAAAGGUUGGAAGAGAAUGGUCACUAAAGUGACAUUUGUUGGUGAAUCAUUCACUCGUAAACCCGCCAAAUUUGAGCGUUUCAUUCGGCCGAUGGGACUCCGUUUCAACAAAGCUCAUGUUACUCAUCCUGAAUUGCAAACAACAUUCCAAUUGCCAAUUGUUGGUGUUAAAAAGAACCCUUCGUCACAUAUGUACACAUCACUUGGUGUUAUCACUAAAGGAACUAUUAUCGAAGUGAACACUUCCGAAUUGGGUAUGGUGACACAAGGUGGUAAGGUGGUAUGGGCUAAAUAUGCACAGGUGACGAAUAAUCCGGAGAAUGAUGGUUGCAUUAACGCGGUGCUUUUGUUGUGA